GCACGCGCAGUUUGCGCCUGUCUCAGCUGUGCGGGAAGUGCUGAGGGAAGCGUCUGGGGUCGGGGGAGACCGUUGGGGUCAUGGCCACUCGCUGACGGGGUCCGUCGGCUGAAGAAGGGGGCGAGGCUGUUCCGCCGCACCUCCCCGGGCCUGAGGCCGGUCGGCCUGGCCCCCGGCCUUCCCUCUCCGUGCUGCCGCGGCACUGCCGGCUGAGGCGGGGAGAUGAGUUGGUUCAACGCCUCCCAGCUCUCCAGCUUCGCGAAGCAGGCCCUGUCCCAGGCCCAGAAGUCCAUCGACAGGGUCCUGGACAUCCAGGAAGAGGAGCCGAUCGCCUGGGCCGAGACCAUACCGUACGGAGAGCCGGGAAUAAGUCCUCCUGUCAGCGGAGGAUGGGAUACAUCAACCUGGGGGUUAAAGUCCAUCACUGAACCUCAGAGUCAACCAGUAGCCUCUCCAAAAGCAAUUACAAAGCCAGUUCGGAGAACUGUGGUAGAUGAAUCUGAAAAUUUCUUCAGUGCCUUUCUGUCUCCAGCAGAUGUUCAGACCAUUCAGAAGAGUCCAGUGGUAUCAAAACCGCCAGCAAAAUCACAACGGCCAGAAGAAGAAGUGAAAAACACCUUACAGGAAUCGUUGCACACUGGUCAGUCAAGAACAAGCGAAACAACGGAGUCAAAAGCAAAAGACCCUUCUCCGUGUGUGUCCGGGGAAGGUCUGGCAUUAGAUAGUCUGUCACCUAAAACUGAAGGCAGGCAUGAAGAAACUGUUAAUAAAGAAUCUGAUAUGCAGGUGUCAGUCAUGCCUCUGAAAGUAUCUGAAAAUGCAAUUAAUGUGAAAACAACCAGGGAAAACGUAUCUAAUAAUAUGUCUACAUCGAAUAUGUCUACGCAGUCUCUCACAACAGAAACAAAGGACAUGGCUUUGGAAGCUAAGGAGCAAAAACAUGAAGACAGACAGAGUGAUACACCUUCUCCUCCUGUCAGCACCUUCUCAUCAGGUACUUCUACCACCAGUGAUAUUGAAGUUUUAGAUCAUGAGAGCGUAAUAAGCGAGAGCUCAGCAAGUUCAAGACAAGAGACAACAGAUUCAAAAUCAAGUCUUCACUUGAUGCAAACAUCUUUUCAGCUUCUCUCAGCAUCUGCUUGUCCUGAGUAUAAUCGUUUAGAUGAUUUCCAAAAACUCACUGAGAGCUGUUGCUCAUCUGAUGCUUUUGAAAGAAUAGACUCCUUUAGUGUACAGUCAUUAGAUAGCCGUAGUGUGAGUGAAAUCAAUUCAGAUGAUGAAUUGUCAGGCAAAGGAUAUGCUUUAGUACCUAUUGUAGUUAACCCUUCAACUCCAAAGACUAAAAUAGUUGAAUCUGUUGAAGGAAAAUCUGAAGAAGCAAAUGAAACAUUAAUUAUACCCACUGAAGAAACAGAAAUGGAAGAAAGUGGACGAAGUGCAACUCCUGUUAACUGUGAACAGCCUGAUACCUUGGUUUCUUCACCAAUAAAUGAAGGACAUACUGUCUUAGACAAGGAGACCAAGCAGUGUGAAGCUGCUGAAAGUCAGCCAGAGGCACUUUCUGAGAAGGAAGAUGUUUGCAAGAAAGUUGAAUUUCUGAAUGAGAAACUGGAUAAAAGGGAGGCUCAGUUAUUAUCUCUUAGUAAAGAAAAAGCACUUCUAGAAGAAGCCUAUGAUAAUCUGAAAGAUGAAAUGUUCAGAGUGAAAGAAGAAAGCAUCAGCAUUUCUUCCUUGAAAGAUGAGUUUACUCAAAGGAUUGCAGAAGCAGAAAAGAAAGUUCAGCUAGCCUGCAAAGAGAGAGAUGCUGCUAAAAAGGAAAUCAAAAGUAUAAAAGAAGAACUUGCCACUAGAUUAAAUAGUAGUGAAACUGGAGACCUUUUGAAAGAGAAAGAUGAACAGAUCCGAGGAUUGAUGGAAGAAGGAGAAAAACUUUCAAAACAGCAACUGCAUAAUUCUAACAUCAUUAAGAAAUUAAGAGCUAAAGACAAAGAGAAUGAAAAUAUUAUUAUGAAGCUGAACAAAAAGAUAAAAGAGCUAGAAGAAGAAUUGCAGCAUUUAAAACAGGUCCUUGAUGGCAAAGAAGAGGUUGAGAAACAACAUAGAGAAAAUAUUAAAAAACUAAAUUCUGUGGUUGAACGCCAAGAGAAGGAUCUUGGCCGACUUCAAGCAGACAUGGAUGAACUUGAAGAAAAGAACCGAAGUAUACAGGCUGCUCUUGAUAGUGCAUACAAAGAACUUACUGAUCUCCACAAAGCCAAUGCCGCAAAGGAGAGUGAGGCACAGGAGGCUGCCCUGAGUCGUGAAAUGAAGGCUAAGGAAGAGCUGGCUGCCACCCUAGAGAAGGCCCAAGAGGCUGCCCGUCAGCAGCAAGAAACGUUAGCAAUUCAAGUGGGGGACCUACGGCUGGCACUACAACGUGCAGAACAAGCAGCUGCCAGAAAAGAGGAUUAUUUACGCCAUGAGAUCAGCGAACUCCAGCAGAGACUCCAGGAAGCAGAGAAUCGAAACCAAGAACUGAGUCAAAGUGUUUCGUCAACAACAAGACCAUUGCUUCGACAGAUAGAAAAUUUGCAAGCAACUCUAGGGUCUCAGACGUCAUCAUGGGAGAAGUUAGAGAAGAAUCUUUCUGAGAGGCUUGGUGAAUCCCAGACCUUGCUGGCAGCAGCAGUUGAAAGAGAACGUGCAGCUACAGAAGAACUCCUUGCCAACAAAAUUCAGAUGUCCUCCAUGGAGUCACAGAAUUCUCUCUUAAGACAGGAAAACAGUAGAUUUCAGGCCCACCUAGAGUCAGAGAAAAAUAAGCUAAGAAAACUGGAGGAUGAAAAUAAUAGGUACCAGGUUGAAUUAGAAAACCUAAAAGAUGAAUAUGUAAGAACACUUGAAGAGACAAAGAAAGAAAAGACACUAUUGAACAGUCAGUUAGAAAUGGAGAAAAUGAAAGUCGAACAAGAAAGGAAGAAAGCAAUCUUCACUCAAGAAGCAAUGAAAGAGAAGGAAAGGAAGCCAUUUUCUCUCUCUAGCACUCCCACAAUUUCACGCUCAAGCUCUGUAAGUGGAGUCGACAUGGCAGGACUACAAACAUCUUUUCUAUCUCAGGAUGAGCCUCAUGAUCACUCAUUUGGGCCAAUGUCUGUCUCAGCAAAUGGAAGCAAUCUUUAUGAUGCUGUAAGGAUGGGAGCAGGGUCAAGCAUUAUUGAAAAUCUACAGUCUCAGCUAAAGCUAAGGGAAGGAGAAAUUACUCAUUUACAGGUAGAAAUUGGCAGUCUAGAAAAAACACGUUCAAUAAUGGCUGAAGAGCUAGUUAAAUUAACAAAUCAAAAUGAUGACCUUGAAGAGAAAGUAAAGGAAGUACCCAAACUUAGAACUCAGCUAAGAGAUUUGGAUCAGAGGUACAACACCAUUCUGCAGAUGUAUGGGGAAAAAGCCGAAGAAGCCGAAGAACUCCGAUUAGAUCUUGAAGAUGUAAAAAAUAUGUAUAAGACCCAAAUAGACGAACUUCUACGACAAAGGCUCAGUUAACUUCUAAAAAUUACAUUCCCGUCAAUCUGAAUGUAAAAAACAUUUCGUAUUUACAUGCAGACUUCCAAUAAAUUCUUUUAUAGAAUUAGAGAAUGGAAUUUACUGUAGAGUUCAAAAAUUGAAAAAAACUGUUUUAUAGUAUAUAGUAAUAUUCGCAGUUAAAUUAUUUUGUGCAAUAUUUGAACUUUAUUUUUUGGAACUAUUCUUUAAAGAUUUAUUUUUUAAAUCAUCCUUUUUUUUUGUUUGCCUUGAAUACUACAGAGAUUUAUUACUUUAUCAUCCUACAAUAUUAUUAGGGGAGGAGAGUAGUGUUCAUAUAUUGUAUUGUAGAUGUAUAAUCUAAUUGUAUUUAAUUUAUAUGUGUUUGUAUAUAUUAAGAACAUUUAAAGUGUGAUAUUAACGUAUUGAAACUUUGAAAUCUUUCACACUUAAAUCUUCAACAUACCUAAUUACUACUCAUGGAAACAGACAUUAGUGUUCUAGUAAAAUUAAACCUGUGGUUAUUAAAUAUUGAACUAAUUUUUUUUUCUUUUAGAGUAGAAGUCACACUGACACUGUCUGAAGCUUAAAGGGUGAAUAAUGUAAACUUUUAAAACUUUUGUGGUCUGAAAAUUUAUUUCACCCAGAUUCCAUAAAUAAGUCUGCACAAAUUUUGGUAUCUAUCUGGAGAAAGCUAUAGCUAUUCAGAGUUGUCUAGGCAUGAGUGAAGAGUGAGAAAAAUUUACUUAUUAUGAUUUUGUGAUGGUAUCAGUAACAUUUAAGUGAUUUUGAAGAGGUGUUGUUUUAGUACCCUAAAAAAUAAAUUUAAAGUAAUAAAGUUAACAUAAUUUUCUCUUCAAAAAUGAAUUGUUCACAAUUUGUAAAGCCUUAUUUUUGGUACAUUAAAAAUGAAUGUUUGAUAUUACAGAAUAACAAAAUUAAGAAAUUAUAGGGGUUAAUUUAAAUAUGGCAUUUUGCAAUUCUGUGUAAUUUAUUGUUUCUUUUUUUUUGGAACCUUUAAACACAAAAAUAGUGUGGAAUAGCUUUAAAAAAUACCUAUGCCUUCUUCCAAAUGUUAUUUUGUUCAAAAGUUAACCGUGCCGUGUUUUAGACUUAUGAAUAUUUUGAUACAUUUUUUUUUACUGAAAGUCAUUUAGCUGCUUUUACUUGCAAAUAAAAACGCUAAUUUUUAGUUAAAUUUAGUUAAAUUUUAAACAGUAGAACUUUGGAAUAUAGCUAAAAGCAAGCUGUGUUGAAUUUGGAAUGCUUUUCAGAGCAAUUCAAGUGACCUAAUUUUUGUUAUUUUUUGUAUUCCAAACAGUAUUUCUGUCACUGGAUCUCUGCUUUGUUGCAGUAAUAAGUACUUGUUUGAUGUGAGCUAAAUUCACAAAAUUAAUUGUAUUUUAGUGGUGAAAAGCAAUGUAAGAGUUUUUUGUCAGCUUGAUUUUUUUUUUUAUUCAGGGGAGACAGGGAAUAACAAGACUGAUAGCAAUAAGAAAUGUACAGAAUUAGAAAAUAUAGGAAACUUAAGUUGCAAAAUUUUGUUAAGCAUUUGAAGCUAGAAGUUUAGGAAUUAUGAAAUUGUUCUUUUAAAAUAUCCAUUAGUGGAAAAGAAAGAAAACAGUUGAGAAAGAUUGAAGUAAAGCUCCUAUACUUUUUAAUUUCAUAAUAUUAAACAUUCUCUUUUCUUGGUCCUCAUAUACAUUAAUAAAAUCAAUUUCAAAUUUUAAGAUGUUUUCAAUUUAUUUAAAAAUAAUAAACAACUGAGAACAGCUAUAAAUCUCUGGCUGUAUAUUACCAUAAUUGGUUCUCUGUUUCCAAAUUUAAUAGCUGUCAUGCUGAUCUUAUUUUAUUAUAUGAUUAGUUCUCUCAAUAUCUUUAUAGUGGAGAAGGUAUGUUGAAUCAGUUUCUUGAAAACCUGUUGAGUGGCAGAAUACCUAUUGAAUACUGGUUGCUGUAUUCUGCUGUUUGUCUCUAAAACCUAUUUCACAUUCUCAUAAAAUAAUAUUUAUAUUUUAAUGGAUAAGAAAAAAGUUCUUAAUCAUAUGUUUCCAUUCUUGAAAGAGAACAGAAAGAUACUAUUAAUUGUAACAAUUUCAAAAAUAAAACAAGAGAGUAAAAGAGGUGUGAACGUUGUUGUUUUCCAUAUAGACAACUAAGCAGAGAUUUUAGGUGUCCUUCCAACUCCUGGGGAGCUAACUAGAGACUACCAUUUCUUUAUUUUCCUUGGCCUCUUUAUUGAGAACUUGUAGUUGUACAAUGUUUAGCAUAUGGGAGUGUAUCACAUGUAUCUAUAUUGUGAUUUAACAUAUUCUAAAUAGGGGUAAUUUUUGACCUAGGGAAAUACACAUGAGAGUUUGUAGUUAAAUAAGUAAAAAGAAUGUUCAAGAAAAUUUUGUUCUCAUGAUCUCUCAAUUGACAUUAGAUUUCUUAAUUGAAAGUUUUAUUCAAAUGCUUACUAAAAGCAUAUGAUUUAUAGUAUUUAGAUAAUAGCCACAAGAAAAAAGAGAAUGACUGCAGAUAUCCUUAUUUUGUUUUAUUACCAUUUGUCUAGUAUAUAUACAUUUAUGUUCUUAUGUAUCAUAAUUUUUCAUUUUCAUUUAAAAAUUAACCUAAUUUCUUCUAUUCAGUUUUAAGCUAUAACAACUUUAAUUUCAUGUUUUGUAAAGGGCUAAAUGUAUGAUUUUAAUUACAGAUUUAUAUUAUUUUAUUUCUAAAUGAAAGAUAAUGUAAAGAGCAUGGAUUUGAUUUAAAUAAAGAUUUUAAAAUAACAA